AAAAGAAGGCAAAAAGGAAAACAAAUAAAAGGGAAAAAAUUGUUUCAGUGUUCUUCACCUUUCCAGUUGGCGCUGCAAAUAUCUCGACUGCGCGCCCCCCGCCCCCUCAUUUGCUUCUCCGCAUAGAGCGGGCAAGAAAUAGAAAAGUAGUGAAAUAUUUUAUUAAAAAAGAAAAAGAAAGAUCAGAGAAGAGAAGAGGAGAGAAAAAGAACAAGUAAAUAGGUGGGUAAAGGAGAGAGAAAAUCGGGAGGGAGAAUCGGAAUCGGAAUAGGGAGCGGGCAAUGCUGGAAUUGGUUGGCUGUGAAUCCAAGUGAGAGAGUAUAUGGGGGGAAGUGGCACUCUCGUGGACGGUGUUCGUCGCUGGUUUCAACGUCGCCAUUUGAUUACUUCUUCUGAUAAUAAUACGAAUAAUAAUCCGAGACAAGAUAAUGUUGUCAAACCGAAUCAGCAUGAUCAUUCAGCUUCUUCUCUGACUCAAAAGCAACAACACCUAGAAGGAGGAGGGGACCUCGUUGUUCAGGAUUUCGAUUUUGCUUCCUUGAAGCUCGUCAAAGUUCCCAAGCGUAAUUACUUCCUCAUUUCUUCCAUGGAAUCUCAGAAAAAGGGUGCACUUGAAACAGAAUUUUUCACUGAGUAUGGGGAGGCAAGCCAGUAUCAAAUUCAGGAGGUCAUUGGGAAAGGAAGUUAUGGGGUUGUUGGUUCUGCAAUUGACACCCACACUGGUGAAAAGGUUGCAAUAAAAAAGAUCAAUGAUGUCUUUGAGCAUGUCUCUGAUGCGACACGGAUUUUGAGAGAAAUCAAGCUACUGCGGUUGCUUCGGCAUCCAGAUAUUGUAGAAAUAAAGCAUAUUAUGCUUCCUCCAUCACGACGAGAAUUCAGAGAUAUUUAUGUCGUUUUUGAGCUGAUGGAAUCUGAUCUUCACCAAGUAAUUAAGGCCAAUGAUGACUUAACUCCUGAGCAUUAUCAAUUUUUUCUAUACCAGCUUCUUCGCGGUCUGAAGUAUAUACACACAGCAAAUGUAUUCCAUCGAGAUUUAAAACCAAAGAACAUCCUUGCUAAUGCUGAUUGUAAACUUAAGAUAUGCGAUUUUGGGCUUGCACGAGUAUCAUUUAAUGAUGCCCCAUCAGCAAUUUUUUGGACUGACUAUGUAGCCACCCGUUGGUAUCGUGCUCCUGAACUCUGUGGAUCUUUUUUCUCCAAAUACACCCCUGCUAUUGAUAUAUGGAGCAUAGGAUGCAUAUUUGCUGAGAUGCUUACAGGAAAACCACUGUUUCCUGGAAAAAAUGUGGUGCACCAAUUGGAUCUCAUGACUGAUACACUCGGCACUCCUCCUGCUGAAUCCAUUUCCAGGAUUCGAAAUGAAAAGGCAAGGAGGUACCUUAGUAGCAUGCGUAAAAAGCUUCCAGUUCCUUUCUCGCAAAAGUUCCCUAACGUGGAUCCCCUGGCUCUUCGCCUACUUGAGCGCUUACUUGCAUUUGAUCCAAAAGAUCGUCCCACAGCUGAAGAGGCAUUAGCUGAUCCAUAUUUUCAUGGUUUGGCAAAUGUGGAUCGUGAACCAUCCACUCAACCUAUUUCAAAACUAGAAUUUGAGUUUGAGAGAAGAAAAUUAACAAAAGACGAUGUUAGAGAGCUGAUUUAUCGAGAGAUAUUAGAGUAUCAUCCGCAGAUGCUGCAGGAGUAUCUCCGAGGUGGGGAUCAGACCAGCUUCAUGUACCCAAGUGGUGUUGAUCGAUUUAAGCGACAAUUUGCACAUCUGGAGGAACAUUAUGGUAAAGGGGAAAGAAGUACUCCACUUCAAAGGCAACAUGCUUCUUUGCCUAGAGAGCGAGUUCCUGCUCCCAAGGAUGAGAAUGUUGUUCAAAAUAAUGAUUUUGAGAGGCGAACUGCAGCCUCUGUUGCAACAUCUCUCCACAGUCCUCCAAGCUCUUUGGAUGGUUCAGAAAACACAAAUGCAGAAGGGCAAAAUGGCCCUAGCAAACCAAACUAUAGUACUCGUAGCCUAUUGAAGAGUGCUAGCAUUAGUGCCUCAAAGUGUGUUGUUGUGAAGGAAAAGAAAGAUUCAGAGGAGGAACCAAUUGCUGAAGUGAACGAUGAGAUAGUCGAUGCCUUGUCUCAGAAGGUUGCAGCUCUUAACGCCUGAUUGAAACUUCCAAUCGACUUUUGGAGGAUUUAGUUAGCUUGGUGCAUUACCCAUUUUUUCCCUGACUUUUCCGAAGGAGGGCACUUCAUAGGCAAAGAUUUUGUAUUUCUCGGGCAGAAGCUAACAGUAGGAGUAUUAUAAGGGGUAUCAUUGUUGUGAAACACAGUACAAAGAAGGCUCCGCCUUUGUCGUGUAGUUGUACUUACCUUUGAAGAAAGCAAGAGUGUAUUUGUUAUAUUGUGAACUUUAGAAUGCCAUGCCUAGAGAGUAAGGAUUAUGAUUUUUAAGGAAAAAAAAGAAAACAAUGUAUACUGUUUCCCUUUGGAAACGAUAGUGUGCUAUGUUUUAUUCA